GUUUCGUGAGCUCAUUUCAGUUCAUAGAGACACACAUUUGGUAAUCUUCAGUUCAUUUGGACUUGUGUUGAUCACUUUGUUAACCAAGGUUUCUUUUAUUUUUGUGUGUAUACAUAUGUGUAUGUCUAUGCAAUGUGGUUUCUGAUUUUUGGAUAAUUUUGUGGGUGAUUGGCAAUGCUUUGCACUAAGAUUCCCAACGAUGGACAUCAUUGGUUUCUAAUUUUGUGGAUAUUGGGUGAGAUGAGACUUUCUGGGUGGAUUUUCUUGGCAAUUUCCUGGGCAUUGGUGAGCCUUGAAGGUGCAGCUUCUAAUCGAGAUCAGCCUCUUUCUAGAAUUGCUAUUGAUAGAGCAGUAGUUGCUCCAGAGGAUCGGGCUUUUGUUAAAGCCUCGCCUUCAAUUCUUGGAUUAGGAGGCCAAAACACUGAAUGGGUGACUUUAGAAUAUAGCAUUCCAAACCCAUCAAUUGGUGACUGGGUUGGUGUAUUUUCUCCUGCCAAUUUCAGUGCUUCCACCUGUCUUCCGGAAAAUCCAAGAACUGGUCCUCCGUUCUUGUGCACGGCACCUAUUAAGUAUCAAUAUGCAAAUUAUACCAAUCCCAAGUAUAAAGACAAUGGAAAAGGGAUGCUGAAGCUUCAAUUGAUCAAGCAAAGAUCGGACUUCUCUUUUGUUCUAUUUUCAGGCGGAUUAUCAAAUCCGAAGCUGGUGGCAGUGUCAAAUACAAUUACUUUUGCAAAUCCAAACUCACCAGUUUACCCGCGUUUGGCACAAGGAAAGAUGUGGAAUGAGAUGACUGUGACUUGGACAAGUGGAUAUGGAAUCAAUGAAGCAGAGCCUUUUGUUGAAUGGGGUCCACAAGGAAGAGAACAAAGGCAAUCCCCAGCUGGAACAUUGACUUUUGACCGCAACAGCAUGUGCGAUGCUCCAGCAAGAACAGUGGGGUGGCGUGAUCCUGGAUUCAUACAUACUAGUUUUCUGAAGGAGUUGUGGCCUAAUUCAGUAUAUACUUACAGGCUGGGGCAUAGAUUGUUCAAUGGUACAUACAUUUGGAGUCCACAUUACCAAUUUAGGGCGUCUCCUUAUCCUGGUCAAAACUCUCCACAACGUGUAGUGAUCUUUGGAGAUAUGGGAAAGGAUAAGGCUGAUGGCUCUAAUGAAUAUAAUAAUUUCCAGCAGGGCUCUCUUAACACUACUAAGAAACUCAUUAGAGACUUGGAGAACAUAGAUAUAGUGUUUCACAUUGGAGGUAUUUGCUAUGCAAAUGGCUAUCUUUCGCAGUGGGAUCAAUUUACUGCACAAAUUGAGCCAAUUGCCUCAACUGUGCCUUACAUGGUUGUAUUCCACUGAUUAUGGCAUGUUUCGAUUCUGCAUAGCUGAUACAGAACACGAUUGGAGAGAGGGAACGGAGCAAUUUAACUUCAUUCAGCACUGUCUGGCAUCCGUUGAUAGACAAAAACAACCGUGGCUGAUCUUCCUUGCGCAUCGAGUAUUGGGUUAUUCUUCUGCUGAUUGGUAUGCUGAUGAAGGAUCCUUCGAGGAACCAAUGGGGAGGGAGAGUCUUCAGAAACUUUGGCAGAAGUACAAGGUUGACAUAGUCAUCUAUGGCCAUGUGCAUAACUAUGAGAGGACAUGUCCCAUUUACCAGAACAUUUGCACGAAUGACGAGAAGCACUAUUAUAAGGGUAGCUUGAAUGGGACAAUUCAUAUAGUUGCUGGGGGCGGUGGAGCAAGCCUUGCGGACUUUACUAGCCUUCAAACCAAGUGGAGUGUCUUCAAAGACCAUGAUUAUGGAUUCGUAAAACUCACUGCAUUCGACCAUUCAAACCUUUUGUUUGAGUACAAGAAAAGCAGGGAUGGGAAUGUUUACGACUCAUUCAGAAUAUCACGGGAUUAUAGAGACAUCCUGGCCUGCACUGUGGACAGUUGCCCGAGUACAACACUGGCACCUUGA